AUGGCAGCACACCUUGCGAAGGCAGCACUUCUUGCGAAGGCACCACACCCUGCGAUUGCAUGUCUCUGUGCAAAGGCAGCACUCCGUGGGAAGGCAGCACUACGUGCGAAGGCUGCACUCCGUGCGAAGGCUGCACUCCUUGCGAAGGCAGCACUCCUUGCGAAGGCAGCACUCCUAGCGAAGGCAGCACUCCUUGCGAAGGCAGCACUUCUUGCAAAGGCACCACUCCCUGCGAAUGCAGAUCUCUGUGCAAAGGCAGCACUCCGUGCGAAGGAAGCACUACGUGCGAAGGCUGCACUCCAUGCGAAUGCAGCACUCCUUGCGAAGGCAGCACUCCUUGCGAAGGCAGCACUCCUUGCGAAGGCAGCACUCCUUGCGAAGGCAGCACUCCCUGCGUAG